GUCAGUAGAGAACAGAAACAGAAAUACUCGAGGGAAAGGAGAGAUUUUUUAACAUGUGUUGACAUUGCCCACAGAGCGAUCGUGCUUUAUCACUUUAAAAAUUCAACUCUUUCUGGGUUGUGGGUUAGCAUAAUAAUCAAGGGAUGGCAAGGAAAAUAUAUUUUGGAAGAAUGAGGUGAAGGUUGCUCCAGCAAAGCCUUCUUAUUAGAGGUGAUUGCGGUGCUCAAGCUUACUUUCAGUUUUUCAGAUGGCGAAUUUUAAAUCCGUAAAAUUUGAGCGACGAAAAUCUUAUGGAAGACUGGAAUGUCAAGUUGUUCUUCUUGACAAUUCUCUCUAUGUAACUAAAUUUGAUAGCAAGUCUGCUAAAGGACAAGAACUCUUCGACAGAGUGUGUGAGAAGCUAAGUUUGCCGCCGAACACGAGAAACUACUUCGGCUUGCAGUUUGUAGAUGGCAUUGAUGGAGAAUUAACGUGGUUGGAUUUUGAAAAAGAGAUCAGACCUCAGCGAAGAAAACCGUACACCUUUCAAUUUGCUGUGAGGUUCUAUCCUCUAGAAGCCUCUGUCGAACCCAAAGAAGUUCAAGAAUUGUUGAUUUUGCAAAUCAAAGAUUCUCUGAUUCGAGGUAAAUUUAUCACCUCUGUCAAUGAGCACGCCAUUCUGGACGGAUUUUUCGCUCAGGCCGUUCUUGGUGACUUCAACCCCAAGUUGCACACUCGUGGCUAUUUGGAGGAUUUAUUGGGGUCGUUCUUCGCUCCCCCUAACGGAAUAAACUGCGAUGCUGAAUUGAGUGAAGAGAAAUACGAAAAUAUCGUUUACAAGUUACAUCGUUCUCAUAAAGGUAUGACUCCUAGCGAUGCAAGAAUUGCCUUCCUAGAGAUUGCUUGUAAUCUUCCUUUCUAUGGCAUGUCAAUACAUCAUGGAGCGACUGAUAAAAAUGGUAAUAACGUACAUUUGGCGUUAUGUAGUAGCGGAGUUCUCGUCUUUGAUGUUGACACCUUUGGAAUACCGGGAAAUGUGGUUCAAAAUUUUCCCUGGCACGAAAUUGUUACCAUGACUUUUCAAAACAGGAAAUUUUAUGUGGUUGUUUAUUCUCAUGAAAGGAAAGACGGAGGAAGCUAUUCUUACAGGUUUCAAGGGCAUUUUAGCCACAAAGCCUCAGAAAGGGUUCUGCACGACGCUCUACAGCAUCAAGCGCUUUUUUACCAGCCUGAGAAGAAGUUAUUUCGACGAAGCAAAUCGUUUGGAGAAGUCGAUUCUCACAUAGGCACGAGUCAGUUUAAACGCAACGACAGGAAAUAUGCGUCAACAUUUGGCAAGACACGCAGCCGUGGAUCUUUCAGGAAAUUUACCGAUUCCAUUCGAAAAAAGAUGCCUCGUAGACAAAAAAGUGCACCAGCUGAUUCAUCCCCCGAUGAAAGCCCUAAUACCAGCAAUUCAAGCACCAUGACCUACGUAUAAGGUCGUAUAAUUCUAUGGUCUUAAUGAUAAAGUGAAUUCACCGGUGUGUGAUUGUGGAUCAUGAAAAGAAAACUGUACAAAAACUUUUUUUUGAUAACUGUUGUGGUUACAUUAUUUGAUUAUUAUUUAUAUUAAUUUCAGAUGACCAUUUUUUUUUUAAACAAUACGCCCUUCUUUUUGCUUUAUUUUCCAAGGAAGAUUGUAUUUUUAUCAGUAAAUGGUCAGAAAAAGUUGGUUUUUUGAAAGCUAAAUAUGCUUGUGCCAGUGAUAUAAAGACGUUGCACCUUUGCAAAUUUACCUUCAGCAAUUCCCUCUCACUUAGAGUUAUAAAGUGUUCCGUAACAAAGAACAGCAACAUAACUUUAUUGAUAAGAAAUAUGUAUGUAAUGUAAUGUUUAAAGUUACCAAGAGCCAAGUAAGGGCACAGAAAAAUACAUACAAAGAACAUAAUGUCUGUUCCUAUUACAUGUUAAACAAUUUAACAAGGGAAGAUUUUUUAUUCCACUUUCAUUUCAUUUUCUUGUAUUUUACCUUUUAGUUUUAUGGCCUUUUCUGAUUUUAUUAUCAAUUGCGCAAAAGAUAAAAUCAACACAAAUGAAAACUACUCAAGUGUUCUUUGUGUUCAACAAUAAGUAACUAGUAUGUGUAAAGUUUGGUUCUUUGAACAUCAAGCUAAAAUAUAAAAAUUAAUGUUUGGAUCAUUCGGUGCAUCCAUUUUGUAACUCAUCUUUCCAUCCAUAUUUUUGCGUAAUGCUGUGGCAUAUUUUGCACAUUAUAUUCCAUUGCAUGGUGGUGGAACAAUAAAUAUUUAUCUAUAUAUUUUGCUUAUUUAAGCUUUUAAAAGAAGUUUGUAAUUACUCCUUUGCAUUUCUGGUGAUUACAUUGAAUUUGUUUAGUGAGCAACUUAUCUUCUCUCUAUUAUGUCAGUGUUUUAUCUGGUUUUUUAAUGUUACUAACAGCUCUAACUUUCUUGUUCCUUACAGACAUGAUGACAGUGAGAUUUUCCAUUUUUAAGUCAUAAUGCUGCAGUAUUAUUUUUCUCUGUCAUGUUUUUACCUGAGGUAUGAUUUAAGAAAAUGUCUACUCUUUCCUUAUAAAUAAAUAAUUUGCUUUUUAAACAAGUGUUUUUGCUCUUUUUAAGUGGGAAGCUCAUUGAAUUUGAAUUGUUAAGUAAACAUAAUUUUAAUGUGAAUGUGUAAAGGCAAGGAGAUGGAGACAAUGCUUUAAACUUAUGGUAUGAGUUAAGUUGAAACAUGUUUUUCUUCAAAGUAUUACUAUACAUUAGACUUAUUAUGAAAAAGCUGAGUGGUUGAGAGUAUUCAAUCAUCAUAAAAUUGCAUGUGAAGCUUGCACAAUAAAUGCAAUGUCUGCAGUGAA